AAAAAGCACAGUUACAGCGAAGGCAAGUCGACACUGAGGGGGGGGGAAAUGUUUGGAAAUACCAGAAAACUGCUUCUCAUUUAAUAUUUUCUGUUUUUCUGGUAAUUCUCUAUAAACUCAAGACAUGAUUGUGUAGGUCAGCAGUUUUUCAGACUAGCCUGUCUGCCACAUUCAAAGUCACUUAAAUCACCGUUCAUCCCCAUUCUGAUGCUUUGAUUAAGCUUUAUCAGGUCACCUUGACCUUAUCUACAUAACUAAAUGCACGAGUUCCUGCCACGUGAUUGGCUGAUUAGAUAUUUCUGUUAACAAGCAGUUGAAGUGGCGUUCUCUUGUGUGGCAUCAUCUGCUUUGGGAUCAUAUGCAACUCAUGCACAACGCUGACUUCUAGAGGCAAGUCACAUUUAUGUUUGUAGGUUGAAUUAUUUAAGCUACCCUCAUAGGUCAAUCAAAUGUAUUCAAGUAUCAUUAAAAUACUUUUUCACCAGAAGUAAUUCAACUCCAGCAAAGUUUCUUUUAGGGCUAAUAUGGCUUAAGGGUUCAUCUAUUUAUUUCCAGGGAUCAUCUUUGUAAAUAAUUAGAAAGUAAAAGCUUUGUUAAUAACUGCAGUACUCCUAUAAGUUUCUGACUAAAAAUAAGUGAAAUAGGAAGGUACAACAAUGUUGUUUCAGAGGAGAUAAAUCCAGAUUACUUUCAUAAUAUGAUUCCACAAAACAGGACACAUGACUGUUAUUUUUUUUUUUAAUCUGUUUGCAGUUAAACUAAUUGUAUGGCGCAUAUAUUGUUAAGAGUACUCCGUGUGGAGUGCCACUAUAGCUCAACUGGUUGCGCUGAGGGCUAGUGACCUGGGUUUGAGUCCACUUUGAGCCUUUCUCCGUCACUCUAUGCACUGUACUACCCACCAAAGGGUGAGACAAUUAAGCUAAAAACAGAGUGUGGAGUGUAGACCAAAACUGUGUAUAAAAGAUGGCUGUAACCCCCCAUAAAAUCACCCACUGGUUUAUAAAGUCCUGUUUUGGGGCCUUGAGGAUGAGCAUUCUUGGUGUUUUAAAAUCACAGGCGGUGAGUGACACUGCACGCUCAUACUGUAGUAACUAAUGCAGCCACGCGCUAAAGUGUUCACUGUUUUAUUUACCAGUUUUGAGUCUAUUUGGGACUAGAGUGUACAAACGAGUCAGUUUGUGUUAAAACUGAGACUUAAAAGUGUCAUAUGAGAACAUGAACCUACCAGUGGGCUUACUGAGGUCAUAAAAGAAGAAUGCAGGUAUAAGGCACUUCAGCAUUUCAGGUCAUUUUUCAGACCUGGAGGCUACAUCCAUCCCCAUCUUUUUUAGUCUUUUGUUUAAACUUUAUUAAACUUUAUAACACAGGACAUGGCCAUACAACACGAAAAAUAUGCCAAGUUAAAAUUAACAGAAUGGAAAGGCAUGUGUCCAUCUUAUAUAUACAGUCUUUUAUAUCAGGCUUUUUAGAUGCCAGCUGUCUGUGUGUUUGUCAAAAAUAAUGUUGAAGUAAGGUGAGACUGAUCCACAGUAAUGCUGUCUAAUAAUUCAUUACUUCGGGCUACACGUUUCAGAACACGAUGUAUUCCAAAUAUAAAAUAUUGGCUAAGUCCACCUAUCAUCUCUGUGUUAAUAAUAUGUCUGCCAAACAGAUCAGCUUUGAAACACUGGAAAUUUGGGUCUGGUUCCAAAUCACUUUAAAGAAAUAACAAAUUUACCUGCUGCAGGAAAUUAAUAAAAUGUUGGAAUUACAGCCAGCAGAGGACAUAAGAGCAAACACCACAGUGUCUCUUCCUCCAACUGUUUUGUGUGCGAACAGAAGUACACGCCUGUGGCUGUUACCUGUGGGUUUCUUCAUACUAGCUCCUCCUCUCAGCAGUGGCUGCUGUAAGGUGAGCCAUAGGAAACUCAGACCGCUUUGUUAUUUACCUUGACAGCAGCUGGUUCUUUUCCAGGGAAUAAAAAUGGAAUAAGCUUCCUGCUCCCAGUUGUUUUUUUCUUUUUCUUUUCUUUUUUUCUGCUUUCUUGGACUACUUUACCUUUAGCACAUGAGACACAAUGGAUGGGGAAAUGAAAGGAAAUGCUAUGCAGGCUCUGGCCGAUUAUGAUGACAGUGACAGGAUUGACGCCUACGGUUUUGAGAGACGUGGCGAUUUCGACUCCUACAAGGAGAUGAUGAAUCAGUAUGUAGAUGUCCUCAACAGGAGGUCCAUGAGAUGGUCAAAGCUCCUUCAGGAGAAGCCUCAUGUGGAGAAGAACUUCACAGUGAAGAGGUUUGUUCGUAAAGGUGUGCCUAAUGAGCACCGUGCCAGGAUCUGGAUGGCGGCUAGUGGUGCCCAGGAACAGCUGGAGAGUAAGCCGGGUUAUUACCAGUCUCUGCUGGACAUGGAGCAUGACACCAAGCUGAAAGAAACCAUUCACACAGAUAUGCACAGGACCUUUCCUGACAACAUCCUGUUCAAGAGCAAAGCAGAGCCAGGCAUGCAGAAGGCUCUGUUCAAUGUGCUGCUGGCCUACGGACACCAUAAUCCUACAGUGGGCUACUGUCAGGGCAUGAACUUCAUUGCAGGCUACCUCAUGAUCAUCACGAAAGACGAAGAGAAAUCCUUCUGGCUUAUGGAUGCACUGGUGGGCAGGAUACUCCCAGACUACUACACCCCGGCCAUGUUGGGUCUGAAGACUGACCAGGAGGUCCUUGGUGAGCUGGUUAAGGUCAAAGCUCCUGCAGUAGGACAGCUCAUGGCCCAGUACCCUGGCAUAUGGACGCUGGUGGUGUCUCGCUGGUUUAUCUGCCUCUACAUCGAUGUACUCCCUAUCGAGACUGUUCUGCGGGUCUGGGAUUGUCUUUUCUACGAGGGAUCCAAAGUACUUUUCCGCGUGGCUCUUACUCUCAUACUUCACCACCAGGCAGAGAUCCUGAGAGCGCGCUCUUUGCCUGACGUGUGCGAAUGCUUCAAACAGAUCACUUCUGGGGCUUUCACUCUAGACUGCCACACCUUUAUGCAGAAGAUCUUUACGGAACCUAAGAGUCUGUCGAUGUCGACUGUUGAUAAACUGAGAGAGAAACGCAGACAACAAAUUCUCAAGGAGGAAUCAGGACAGCCAUGAGGUUCAGGACACUUUCCCCUUAUACUGGAUUUAAUAAAACAAAAGCUCAGGCAGCGUAAGUAACACUGUACAGUCAGGAACUGUAUGAAACAUACAUGUUGGUGACUCUUCUGGUUACUUCUGUGAUUUAUACUUUGUUACACUCUAAUCUGGCAGACUGGGUAUCUAAAUAUGAAGGCUUAUGCUUCUGAGGCUUUUCUUUUGAUUUUGACUCCAAUCUUUCACCUACUAUAUUUGCUGCUAUAUAUACAGAAGUACAUUAAGAUCAUAACACCGCACCAAACAGCAUUUACAUGUGUAUUUUCUAAAAACACUUUUGCUUUGGUGAUUAUGGACGGAUCACUUAUUUUUACUGUGAAUACUUUGUUCUGUCUCUUGCCUUUAGGACUGUUUACAAGAGAACGUAAAGCUGAAGGGUCACGCUUUUAAUGUGGUGGUUUCUGUUUAAAUUUAUGGAGCUCAGUCUCAUUUUUCACUUUUUGUUGUAAAAUAA